AUGGUGGAGACCUUAGAGGAAUGGUAUGGAGGGGUGUUGGUUCAGUCGUGUAACAUCAGGUGUAUGAAUGGCGGCAGCUGCCAGGAGGACACCUGCGCCUGUUCAAAGGGAUACACAGGCAGUCACUGUGGACAACCUGUGUGUGAAAAUGGCUGCCAGAACGACGGGCGCUGCAUCGGGCCCAACAGAUGUGCAUGCGUCUACGGUUUCACUGGACCACAAUGCGAGAGAGACUACAGGACGGGACCAUGUUUCACCCAGGUGAACAACCAGAUGUGCCAGGGACAGCUCAGCGGCAUCGUCUGCACCAAAACUCUGUGCUGCGCUACGAUUGGUCGAGCGUGGGGACACCCCUGCGAACAGUGCCCCGCCCAACCGCACCCCUGCAGACGAGGCUUCAUCCCCAACAUCCGCACCGGCGCCUGCCAAGAUGUGGAUGAGUGCCAGGCAGUACCAGGUCUGUGUUCUGGGGGGAACUGUAUCAACACUGUUGGAUCCUACGAGUGUAGAUGUCCUGCCGGACAUCGUCAGAGUGAAACCAGCCACAAAUGUGAAGAUAUUGAUGAAUGCAGCACCAUUCCUGGCGUGUGCGAUGGAGGAGAAUGCACUAACACUGCCGGUAGCUACGUCUGCACCUGUCCGCGAGGAUACAUCUCCACCACGGACGGAUCCAGAUGUGUGGAUCAGCGUGUGGGCGUCUGUUUCUCUGCUCUCUCCAACGGGCGCUGUGCAGCAGAGCUGAACGGGCAGUACAACAAAAUGCAGUGUUGCUGUGAAACGGGUCGCUGCUGGGCUUUAGGCCAUAUCCCUGAGAUGUGUCCUGUCAGAGGAUCAGAUGAGUACAGGCGACUGUGUAUUGUGGGGGUUCCCCAAGGACAUGGGCUUCCUCAUAGCUUCCCUAGUGGAUAUUUUCCCAACAACAAUGGCAACUAUGGAUUCAAGCUUCCACCUAGUGUGUCAAAUGGGAACGGUAAUGGAAAGACUGGUGGCAAUGGAGGAGGGGAAGGCUUUGGAGACAACGGCGGGACAUUUGGGGGCAAUGGAGGCACCUUUGGGGGCAAUGGUGGGACUUUUGGGGGUAAUGGAGGAGGAUUGAACCAUAUCGGUGCUGCUUCUGUGAACGAAACCAUUGAUUUUUGCAAACAUUUCAUCCAUCUGUGUUUGAACGGGCGCUGUAUCCCGUCACAUGGAAGUUACCGCUGUGAGUGCAACAUGGGCUUCAAGCAGGAUGUCCGUGGGGAGUGUAUUGAUGUGGAAGAGUGUGUGAGUAACCCAUGCAUUAAUGGAGACUGUGUCAACACACCUGGAUCAUACCACUGCAAAUGCCAUGAGGGAUACCAGGGAACCCCCACCAAACAAGCCUGCAUUGACAUUGAUGAGUGUAUUGUGAAUGGAGUCAUGUGUCGCAACGGCCGCUGUGUCAACACAGAGGGGAGUUUUCAGUGCAUCUGCAACGCUGGCUUUGAGCUUACUCCUGAUGGAAAGAAUUGUAUUGAUCACGAUGAGUGUGCCACUACCAACAUGUGUCUCAAUGGCAUGUGCAUCAACGAGGACGGCAGCUUUAAGUGCAUCUGCAAGCCCGGCUUUGAGUUGGCUCCUAACGGACGUUACUGCACCGACAUCGAUGAGUGUCAGACACCGGGUAUCUGUAUGAACGGGCGCUGCAUCAACAGCGAAGGCUCCUUCCGCUGCGAGUGUCCACCGGGCCUGGCCGUUGACGUAGAUGGACGAGUGUGUGUGGACACGCACAGGAGGACCACCUGCUAUGGUACUAUAAAGAUGGGCACGUGCUCGCGUCCGUUCCCAGGGGCAGUGACCAAGUCAGAGUGCUGCUGUGCGAGUCCUGAACAUGGUUUUGGGGAGCCCUGCCAACCCUGCCCAUCCAGAAACUCAGCUGAGUUUCAGGCUGUGUGCAGCAGUGGAAUUGGAAUCACAACUGAUGGGAGAGACAUCAACGAGUGCGCCUUGGACCCAGACAUUUGUCAGAACGGCAUGUGUGAAAACCUCCGAGGAAGCUACCGCUGUAUCUGCAACAUCGGUUACGAGUCAGACACAAGUGGCAAGAACUGUGUUGACAUCAAUGAGUGUUUGGUGAACCGGCUGCUUUGUGACAACGGUCUGUGCAGAAACACUCCCGGCUCCUACACCUGCUCCUGUCCUAAAGGCUUCGUCUUUAAACCCGAUUCAGAGACGUGUGAAGACAUAAACGAAUGUGAGUCGAGCCCGUGUAUUAACGGACUGUGUCGCAACGUGGCCGGGUCCUUCAACUGUGAGUGCGCUCAUGGAAGCAAGCUGGACUCUACAAACACCAUCUGUGUGGAUAGCAUGAAGAGCACUUGCUGGCUCACGAUACAAGACAACCGCUGCGAGGUGAACAUCAACGGAGCCACGCUGAAGUCGGAGUGCUGCUCCACGCUGGGAGCGGCCUGGGGCAGUCCCUGUGAACCCUGCGAAAUCGAUACUGCUUGUUCUCGAGGAUUUGCUCGCAUGAAGGGCCUUGUUUGUGAAGACAUUAAUGAGUGUGAGGUGUUCCCUGGCUUGUGUACGAAUGGGCGAUGUGUGAACACGCAGGGCUCGUUCCGCUGCGAGUGUGCUGCAGGUCUGACCCUGGACAGCAGCGGUCGCACGUGUGUGGACAUGCGCAGUGAGCAGUGCUACAAGAAAUGGCAUGAGGAUGAGUGUGGCGAGCCACUGUCAGGGAGAUACCGUGUGGAUAUGUGCUGCUGUUCUGUCGGUGCCGCCUGGGGGGUCGACUGUGAGGAGUGUCCCAAAGAAGGGACACCUGAGUUUAACACCAUAUGUCCCAGAGGUCCAGGUUUCGCAAACAGAGGAGAUAUUCUGACUGGCAGGGCCUUCUAUAAAGAUGUGAAUGAGUGUAAGGUGUUCCAGGGUCUGUGCACCCAUGGGACCUGCAGAAACACAAUUGGCAGUUUCAAGUGUCGCUGCAACAGCGGCUUCGCUCUCACAGCUGAGGAGAGGAACUGCACAGAUAUUGAUGAGUGCCGGAUCUCCCCUGACCUGUGUGGUCACGGUACAUGUGUCAACACUCCCGGCAGCUUCGAGUGCGAGUGCUUUGACGGCUAUGAAAGCGGUUUCAUGAUGAUGAAGAACUGCAUGGACAUUGAUGAAUGUGAGAGGAACCCCCUGUUGUGUCACGGAGGAACCUGCCUGAACACGGACGGGAGUUACGAGUGUGAAUGUCCCCCUGGAUACCUGCUCAGCAGUGACGCAUCUGUCUGCGAAGACAUGAAUGAGUGUCAGCUGAGUGAGAAUCUGUGCAGACACGGUCAGUGUGUCAACAUGCCCGGGACGUACCAGUGCUCCUGUAACACUGGUUACCAGGCGACACCAGACCGCCAGGGCUGUGUCGAUAUUGACGAGUGUACCAUAAUGAACGGAGGAUGCGAGACCCACUGCACCAACUCGGAGGGCAGCUACGAGUGCAGCUGCAGUGAGGGCUAUGCUCUAAUGCCUGACCUCAGAACAUGCUCUGAUAUUGACGAGUGCGAGGAGACUCCAGACAUCUGUGAUGGAGGCCAGUGCACCAACAUCCCUGGAGAAUAUCGCUGUCUGUGUUUCGAUGGAUUCAUGGCCUCCCUGGACAUGAGGACCUGUAUCGAUGUGAACGAGUGUGAUUUGAACCCAAACAUCUGUCUCCACGGUGACUGUGAGAACACCAAAGGCUCCUUCAUCUGCCACUGUCAGCUGGGAUACUUUGUCAAAAAGGGAUCCACGGGCUGCACCGAUGUUGACGAGUGUGAGAUCGGAGCGCAUAACUGUGACAUGCAUGCUGCUUGCAUCAACGUGCCGGGAAGCUUCAAGUGUCGCUGUCGAGACGGCUGGGUGGGAGACGGCAUCAAGUGUGUGGAUUAUGAUGAAUGCUCCUCUGAGGACUACAACUGUCACCCCAAUGCCGACUGUGUCAACACACCUGGGUCCUACAGGUGUACGUGCAAAGAAGGCUUCAACGGAGAUGGUUUUUCAUGCUCUGACAUGGACGAGUGCGCAGACAAUGUCAACCUGUGUGAGAACGGCCAGUGUCUGAACGCUCCGGGGGGUUAUCGCUGCGAGUGUGAGAUGGGCUUCACUCCUACAGAGGACAGCAAGGCCUGUCAAGACAUAGACGAGUGUAAUUUCCAGAACAUCUGUGUGUUCGGAACGUGCCAGAACCUUCCAGGGAUGUUCCGUUGCGUGUGUGAUGAAGGUUACGAACUGGACCGCAGUGGAGGGAACUGCACGGACAUUAACGAGUGUGCUGUUCAUGUGAACUGCCUCAAUGGACUCUGCGUGAACAUACCAGGAAGUUACCUGUGUAACUGUCCUACUGACUUUCAGCUCAACCCCACUGGAGUGGGCUGCGUGGAUACUCGUGUGGGUAACUGCUUCCUGGAUAUCCUUCCCCGUGGCGACGGAGGAAUCUCCUGCAACGCAGAGAUUGGCGUGGGCGUAACUCGAGCUUCCUGCUGUUGCUCUGAUGGAAAAGCUUGGGGAAACCCUUGUGAAUUCUGCCCCACAUCCAACUCCUCGGAAUAUAAGACUCUCUGUCCAGGAGGGGAGGGGUUCAGACCCAACCCCAUCACUGUUCUUCUGGAAGAUAUUGACGAAUGCAUGGAACUACCGGGUCUCUGCCAGGGUGGAAACUGUAUUAACACAUUUGGCAGUUUCCAGUGUGAAUGUCCAGUAGGCUACUAUCUCAAUGAAGAGACACGCAUCUGUGAAGAUAUUGACGAGUGCUCUGCUCAUUUUGGCAUUUGUGGGCCUGGCACAUGCUACAACACUCUGGGCAACUACACCUGUGUGUGUCCCCCCGAGUACAUGCAGGUCAAUGGAGGCAACAACUGCAUGGACAUGAGAAAAAGUGUGUGCUACCGCAACUUCAACGACACGUGUGAGAACGAGCUGUCGUUCAACAUGACCAAGAAAAUGUGCUGCUGCGCCUACAACGUGGGAAAAGCUUGGAAUAAGCCCUGCGAGCCCUGUCCUACUCCUGCUACCACUCAGUAUCAGGUUCUGUGUGGUAACCUCUCUCCUGGUUUCAUCAUUGACAUCCACACUGGGAAACCAGUUGAUAUUGACGAGUGCAGGGAAAUCCCUGGCAUCUGUGCCAAUGGAGUGUGCAUCAACCAGAUCGGAAGUUUCCGUUGCGAAUGUCCAAUGGGCUUCAGCUACAACAACAUACUGCUGAUAUGUGAAGAUAUUGAUGAAUGUAACAGCGGGGACAACCUGUGCCAGCGCAACGCAAACUGUAUCAACAUUCCAGGCGGUUACCGCUGCGAGUGCUCGCAGGGAUUCAAACUGUCGCCCAGCGGGGCCUGUCUGGAUCGUAACGAGUGUCAGGAGAUUCCUAACGUGUGCAGCCACGGUCAGUGUAUCGACACGCAGGGCAGUUAUCGUUGUCUCUGCCACAACGGCUUCAAAGCCACCACUGAUCAGACGAUGUGCAUGGAUAUUGAUGAGUGUGACAGACAGCCCUGUGGUAAUGGCACCUGUAAAAACACAGUGGGGUCCUACAACUGUCUCUGCUUCCCCGGCUUUGAGCUCACGCACAACAACGACUGCAUGGACAUAGACGAGUGCUUUGCCCUUCAGGGCCAAGUGUGCAGAAACGGACAGUGUAUCAACGGGCUUGGAUCCUUCCAGUGUCUCUGCCACGAGGGUUAUGAAAACACACCUGAUGGGAAGAACUGCAUCGAUAUAAAUGAGUGUAUCAGCCUACCUGGGACUUGCUCCCCAGGAACUUGUCAGAAUCUGGAUGGAUCAUUCAGAUGCAUCUGCCCUCCUGGCUACGAAGUGCAUAAUGAGCAGUGUUUAGACAUCAAUGAAUGUGAUGUAGAGCCAAACAUCUGCCAGUUUGGCACCUGCACCAACACUCCCGGCAGCUUCCAGUGCUCCUGCCAACCGGGCUUUGUGCUCUCUGACAACAAGCGGCGCUGCUACGACACCAGAGAGAGCUUCUGUUUCACCAAGUUUGAGGGGGGAAAAUGUUCCGUCCCCAAAGCCUUCAACACCACCAAGGCCAAGUGUUGUUGCAGCAAGAUGCCCGGGGAGGGCUGGGGUCUUCCCUGUGAGCUGUGCCCCCGAGAGACUGAUGCUGCUUUUAACACCCUUUGUCCAUAUGGUCACGGAGCUCUGCCUGGACUGGGCGAUACUCGAGAAGAUAUGAACGAAUGUCUGGAUAACCCUGGAAUCUGUCAGAAUGGCAUAUGCAUCAACACGGAUGGUUCUUUCCGAUGUGAAUGUCCCUUUGGAUACAAUCUGGAUUACACUGGAGUCAACUGUAUUGACACUGAUGAGUGCUCCAUUGGAAACCCGUGUGGAAAUGGAACGUGCACCAAUGUGGUGGGCGGAUUUGAGUGUUCGUGCCAUGAGGGCUUUGAGCCUGGACCUAUGAUGACUUGUGAAGACAUAAACGAGUGCUCCCAGAAUCCUCUGCUCUGUGCUUUCCGCUGCGUCAACAUGUUUGGCUCCUAUGAGUGCGUGUGUCCAACUGGAUAUGUGCUGCGGGAUGACCAACGAAUGUGCAGAGACCAGGACGAGUGCUCCGAGGGUCUGGAUGACUGCGACUUGAAAGGUAUGACCUGCAAGAACCUGAUUGGAACCUUCAUGUGCAUCUGUCCUCCUGGUAUGCAGCGACGGCCAGAUGGAGAGGGAUGUAUGGACUUGAACGAGUGUCGUGCCAAACCUGGCAUCUGUAAGAACGGUCGCUGUAUCAACACUGUGGGAAGCUACCGCUGCGAGUGCAAUGAUGGCUUUGAGCCAAGUUCAACUGGGACUGAAUGCAUUGACAACAGAAAAGGCUUCUGUUACACAGAGGCUCUGUCAACAAUGUGCCAACAGUCGUCAACUAACAGGAACAGCGUGACCAAGUCUGAGUGCUGCUGCAAUGCGGGUCGAGGCUGGGGGUCCCAGUGCGAGCUGUGCCCACUCCCCGGCACCGUACAGUACAAGAAGAUGUGCCCACUUGGACCUGGAUACACUACAGAUGGUAGAGACAUCAACGAGUGUCAGGUGCUGCCAGAUCUGUGCCGCAACGGUCAGUGCAUAAACACCAUUGGAUCGUUCCGCUGCCACUGCAACAUAGGAUACAAAGCCGACUUCACUGCGACUGCCUGCGUUGAUGUGGAUGAAUGCUCAUUGUCUCCGAAGCCUUGUAACUUCCUGUGCAAAAACACUGAAGGCAGCUACCUGUGCUCCUGCCCCAGGGGAUACAGUCUCCAACCAGAUGGAAAAACAUGCAAAGAUCUGGAUGAGUGUUCAACGAAACAGCACAACUGCCAGUUCCUUUGUGUUAACACCAUCGGAGGUUUCACCUGCAAGUGUCCUCCCGGCUUCUCCCAGCAUCAGACCGCCUGCAUUGACAACAAUGAGUGCUCAGCUCAGACUAGUGCUUGUGGCUCUCGAGCAUCUUGUGUCAACACACCUGGAAGCUUCAACUGCGAAUGCUCUAAAGGUUUCUCCUUGGACAGCUCAGGCAUGGAGUGUGAGGAUGUGGAUGAAUGUAGCAAUAACCAUCGUUGUCAGCACGGCUGCCAGAACAUGCUGGGAGGUUACCGCUGCGGAUGUCCUCAGGGUUACGUGCAGCACUACCAGUGGAACCAAUGCGUGGAUGAAAACGAGUGUCAGGGUGGCACUGUUUGUGGUUCGGCUUCCUGUUACAACACACUGGGCAGCUUCAAGUGCGUCUGUCCGUCUGGCUUUGACUAUGAGCAGAAUACUGGCGGCUGUCAAGAUGUGAAUGAAUGUACAACGAGCACAAACCCCUGCAUCUAUGGCUGCUCCAACACUGAUGGUGGUUACCUGUGUGGCUGUCCAGGUGGUUUCUUCAGAGCAGGACAGGGUCACUGUAUAACAGGCUCAGGUUUCCCAGGCCAGCUUGUGGAGGGUGAGGAGGAUGACAGUCUUUCUCCUGAGGCCUGCUACGAGUGCAAGAUCAACGGAGGAGGGAAGAAUGGAAGACAGAAGCGUAGCACUGGUGACAAUGAGCUUAACCAGGAACCGCAGGUGAGCAUGGCCAGUGUGGACACACAGGCGUCCAUUCCCAUGAACAUGUCGUUGGCUUCACUACUCGACAAGGAGCCUCUGCUGGAGCUUCUUCCUGCCCUGCAGCCCCUGGAGCACCACGUACGUUACAUCAUAACCCACGGCAACGCUGACGAACACUUCCGCAUAUUUGAAAGCCGUGACGGAAAGAGCGUGCUCCGGCUUGGCAAGAGGCCGCCUCUGCCGGGAUCUUACCGGCUGGAGAUUGCCAGCCUGCCUCUGUUUGGGCCACGCAGACUGCAUCAGCUGGAGAAGCAGCAUGACAGUGACUACCUACGAGGGGAAAUAGGAGACGCCCUGCGCAUCAAGCUGCACAUCCACCUGCACUGA